UAUUUGCAGUUUUCCUCUUGCCUCACCUCAAAAGGUGGCUUUGCCAGACAAUCUGCCUUUUUGCACUCCCCAAAUAGGGAAUUUAGGAACGUGACAAGCUAUUUAAUGUGAUUUAAAUAGCAGAUGGAGGCUUUUUGGUCUUUUAGGUCUGUUAUCACACGAUGACUUCCAGAAGUUUGGGAGUCUUCCCUUUCUGUAUGCAGAAACUCCUGGUCUUGGUCUUGGUCCUGGUCUUUCUUUGAAGUAGGAUGCACUGUGUCCUUCACACCGAUGACGGGGCGGACAUUAACAGUGCUCCACCAGUCCUGCUAAGACAUAGACAAGAACAUCUAGCAGAAUUAGAUGUUCUGCAAGAUGUCACCAUAACUGACAUUAUACCCCUUCCAAUCCAAAAUCGACAUGCAUGGCAAGUAUAGUAGAUAUCACGGCAUGAAUAAAUAAUGUUGUGAAACAGAGAAGGAUGAGACAUGUGGACUUAGUGCAAGAGAGAUACUGUAGGUGAAUGAUCUCUCCAGUGAGUGUUGAUAAAGCAGUUGAUCAGAGAGGAAGAUUAAUGAGUUAGCCAGCUAACUUUGAUCAUUAAGAAAGCUUAACUUAAGUAUGUGUUUUUGGUUAUUGAGUCAAUUAGACCAUACCCAUAUCAAGCUUAACUUGGGGGUGGGAAAGAAUGCCACAGAAGAUGAGAUUAAGAAGGCCUAUCGGAAACGGGCCCUCAUGCACCACCCAGAUCGUCACAGUGCGGCCACGCCAGAGGUACAGAAGGAGGAGGAGAAGAAGUUUAAAGAGGUAGGCGAGGCCUUCACCGUGCUCUCUGACCCCAAGAAGAAGACUCGCUACGACUGCGGCCACGACCUGGAGGACGACAGCAAUAAUAUGGGAGAUUUCAAUGCCAACAACAUCUUCAAGACCUUCUUCGGAGGCCCAGCAGGAGGAUUCAGUUUUGAAUCCAAUCAAAGUAUGUAGUGACACUGCUGUGACAAUGACACUCUUUUACCUUUUUAUUUGUGCACAUAGUGCUUUCGGAAGGUAUUCGGACCCCUUGACUUUUUCCACAUUUUGUUGCA